CACUUGGGCAACUGUCCUUCCUCAGUUCUAUAGAUUGUGCUCCUCUAAACCACAAUCUCUAAGACCUAGUUUCAGUCUCACCAGCACAUCUUGCGCCUCGCUUGUCCCGCCUCACCGAUAAGACGCUCGAGUUCGUCCUCCGUUACCUUACCCCUUCUCGUACCCGGAAAUCACACGCACUCUCCUUUGCCCUUGAGAAUCAGCACUCUCUUGCUUUUUAGCAUUUUCUCAGAGAUAUAAUAAGUCCAACACAAGUCUACAAACAAGAUCAGAAACUAUGACAUCUGGCGAUGCCUCCCCCGCCGCCCCCUCUAUCGGCACGAAUGUAACGGCCAAUUCAAUAGCUGGGGCAAACCCUUCACGACCCGUAAAGAUAUGCGUUUUUUGUGGCUCCUCGCCCGGAAACUCUCCUGCACACAUGGCAGCAGCCCGCUCUCUCGCCCAAGUCAUGGCAUCGCAAAACAUCUCGCUCGUGUUUGGGGGCGGAACGGUUGGCAUUAUGGGUGAAAUUGCACGAACUUUGGUCUCUUUAUCUGGCCCCGAAGCUGUGCAUGGAAUCAUACCCGCCCCUUUGGUCAAAUAUGAACGAGGACCAGAUUCUGAGGCCCCGGCCGCGCACGCAGUAGAGGGCCAGCUCCCGGAUUACAACAUCUAUGGCAAGACAACAGUAGUGAAAGACAUGCACACGCGCAAACAUAUGAUGGCGUCAGAAGUCCUUGAAGGCGGGGAAGGGUCCGGCUUCAUCGCAUUAUCUGGCGGCUACGGCACCUUAGAGGAAUUGAUGGAAGUUGUGACGUGGAACCAGCUAGGCAUUCACAACCGAGGGGUGGUUGUCCUCAAUAUCGAAGGGUAUUGGGAUGACUUGCUGGCCUGGGUGAGAAAGAGCGUGGAAGCCGGCUUCGUGGGCGAGGGCAAUAAGGACAUCAUUGCAGAAGCGAAGACUGCGGAGGAGGCUGUUAGGGCGUUGAAGGAGUAUCGAGUCGCAAAGGGGAGGUUCCAGCUAGAGUGGGGUAAGGAAUGAUUGCCUUCUGUUGGGAAAGUUGAUGAGGCUCGAAUUGGCAUGGCACGGCAUGAUAAUGAUUGUUUUUCCAUUGUGAGCAAAUC